AUGGAUUCGGUCGUUGCAACCAAAUCGGGUAUGAGCGAUAGAAAUACACAAAGUGGUGUCUCUGAUACAGGAGAAGCCAAGGGAUGGGAUGAUAUUGCAGACGAGUUACCCUAUAUACAGAUCUUGAAUGGCGCUUUACCUGAGGAUAUACGAGUUCUUGCGUGGUGCCCUCAUUUACCUCCUGAUUUUGACGCACGCUUUUCAUGUCGCCAAAGAAGGUACCGUUACUUCUUUACCCAGCCCGCAUUUUGCCCAACUCCUGGUGCUAGAGGCAUCGUCAGAUCUUCUGAAUUAAAAGAUGAUUUAUCUUUAGAGAGGCCAAGAGAAGGAUGGCUGGAUAUAGAAGCUAUGCGGGAAGCAGCACAAUAUUUUGUGGGCAGUCAUGACUUUCGAAAUUUUUGCAAAGUUGAUACGAGCAAGCAAAUAACAAAUUUUGUGCGGCGUAUUUUACGUGCGGAUAUAGAACUCGUGGACCCUCAGAGAACCCCGCUUGGGUUUGUGCAAAUGCCUGGGUUUGAACCUUUUGAAAACGGCUCUAGAAAUACCGGGGUCCCCGAAAACAUUAAUGAUAUCAACCCAGCAGCCGGCAAAGUGUAUUCAUUCACAGUGCACGGUACAGCAUUUUUAUGGCAUCAAAUUCGUCAUAUGGUUGGAAUCUUAUUUCUUGUUGGUCAAGGCCUUGAACAUCCAUCUAUAGUUCCUGAGCUAUUAGAUGUCACAAAAAACCCGCGACGGCCGGUGUAUGAGAUGGCUUCAGACUCCCCUCUUGUUCUCUGGGACUGUAUAUUUGGAGAAGAAGAGGAUGAAUUAGAUUGGGUCUAUCCAGGUGAUCCACGAACUUUGAAGUCUCCGUCGCGUAGGACAGAUGGCAACUUUGGUCAAGGUGGUCUUGUUGAAGACUUAUGGACCCUCUGGAGGAAUAGAAAGAUCGAUGAGUUGCUGGCUGGUACAUUGUUGGAAUCCAUGGCGAAUCGAGGUCAGUCGAUUGCUGCUUCGAAAGGAGAUGACCAUCCGUCAAAUCAGGUACAGGCAGUACGGAGUCCUAGGGUUUUUAGUGGAGGAGAUAAUGGGAAACCCAUCGGAAAAUAUGUACCACUGUUGAACAGAACAAAACUUGACCUUGUCGAGGACAUGAAUGCCCGGUAUUUGUCAAAAAAAGGGCACAAGUAUUGGAACAAGGUCCUAGAAUACCAGGAAGAGCAGCGGAAAGCAGCACUCGAUGGCGAAUGA